UGCCAGAUGAUUGCAACGAUGGGUAGGGGAAGGCGGACUCCAAUUCCCAGCAUGCCUUUCGCGUUCCUUUCCCCACCCACUCUCUGAGCUCCAUGCCUGCAGGGGGCUCCGCCUCGGUGGCUCUCCGGGACGAGAUGAGAUUGGGGCGGGAGGUAGGAGGAGGCUUGAUGUUAUUCCUUCGGAGUUGGUAACUACGAAAGCCGUCAAGCUGGAGGCGGCCGGUGGAGAUGCCAUGGCGCGAGGGAAGCCAGGACCGGUGCAGAUCGUCCUGGUCCACAAGGAAGAGCACUCCUUUGAACUGGACGAGAAGGCGCUGAGCCAAGUUCUCUUGCAGGAUGCCAUCCGUGACCUGGAUGUGGUGGUGGUGUCCGUGGCCGGGGCCUUCCGCAAGGGCAAAUCCUUCCUCCUGGAUUUCCUACUACGCUACAUGUACAUGCAGAAAGAAGGGGGCAGCUCCAAUUGGCUUGGAGAACAGGAUGAGCCCCUGACAGGCUUCUCCUGGCGUGGCGGCUCUGACCCCGAAACCACCGGCAUCCAGAUCUGGAGUGAGGUGUUCAUUGUGCAGAAACCAAACAACAAUAAGGUGGCGGUUGUGCUGAUGGACACGCAAGGCGCCUUCGACAGCCAGUCGACCGUCAAGGACUGUGCCACCAUCUUUGCUCUCAGCACCAUGACAAGUUCGGUGCAGAUCUAUAACCUAUCUCAGAACAUCCAGGAGGACGAUCUACAGCAGCUGCAGCUUUUUACCGAGUAUGGCCGCCUGGCCAUGGAUGAGAUCUUCCUCAAGCCAUUCCAGACCCUGAUGUUCUUGGUCCGAGACUGGAGUUUUCCGUACGAGUAUUCUUACGGCCUGGACGGUGGCAGGCGGUUUCUGGAAAAGCGGCUGGAGGUGAAAUCUCACCAGCACGAGGAGAUUCAGAACGUUCGGAAGCACAUCCACUCAUGCUUCACUAAAGUCAACUGCUUCCUCUUACCCCACCCUGGCCUCAAGGUGGCCACCAGCCCAAACUUUGAUGGCCGCGUGAAAGACAUUGCAGAUGAAUUCAAAGAUCAGCUGCAGGACUUGAUCCCGUUCGUGCUGGAUUCCAGCCAACUUUUGGAAAAGGAGAUCAACGGUUCCAAAGUCACCUGCCGGGGCUUGCUGGAGUACUUCAAGGCUUAUAUCAAAAUCUACCAGGGAGAAGAUCUUCCUCACCCGAAGUCCAUGUUGCAGGCCACUGCUGAAGCCAAUAACUUGGCUGCUGUUGCUUCGGCCAAGGACAUGUAUUACACCAACAUGGAAAAGCUGUGUGGCGGGGACAAGCCGUACGUCUCGCCAGACCUGCUGGAGCAGAAGCAUCAGGUGCAGAGCGCCCUGGCCCUGGAGCACUUCCAGCGCAUCAAGAAGAUGGGCGGCAAGGAGUUCAGCCAGCGCUACGAGGAGGAGCUGGUGCGGGAGAUGGCGGAGCUCUUCCAGGACUUUGCCAAGCACAACCAGAGCAAGAACAUCUUCAACACUUUCCGGACGCCCGCCAUCAUCUUCAGCGGCAUCGUCUGCCUCUACCUGAGCUCGGGCCUCACCGGCUACGUCGGCCUGGACAUCGUCUCGCAGCUCUGCAAUUUCGUCGUGGGGCUCCUGCUCAUCGCCCUCCUGGCCUGGGGCUACAUCCGCUACUCGGGCCGUAACCGCAUGGCUAAGGCCAUCAUCGACACCACUGCUGAGUUCCUGCUGGAAACGGCGACAUCGCGUGGGAUUAGUUCCACACAGCUAGCGGAAGCCACUACAUCAUCCGGGACCAGUGCCGAUGACAAGAAAUCCCAGUAAGGUCUUAAUGCGAGAGGUCCGAACAGCGCUGGGCUCAAGGCGACCAUCUUGCUCCAGCCUGCAAAUUCAGGCACGGCUUCCCGGGCUUUCUCAAGAGUCCCUCCGAGCUCCCCGUCUUUGGAUAUUUUCCUUAUUCUGAUUUUUUUUUUUAAAAAAAGAAAAACCCUUUCCCGUUUUAUUUUGCUUCCUGCACUUUAACAAAGGGUGGGGGGAUGCAGCUUUAAAGUUCUUUCUGUACCAAUUAAGUGCCUUCCUUGGGGAAGGGGGGAAGAGGAAAAAACUUGCUGAUUUCGUUCCUUUUGACCAGCUGCUUUUGCAAUCCUCUUCCUGCUGCUUGUCGACGAGAGGGGGUCGCCCCGCAGCCUUCCCCUCGCUGGACAGCGAACUCUUUGUCUCUCUUGUCUCCGGGGCCCUUCCUUGCUUACAUUCCGUCCAGCGAAGGCAACGAUGGAGGGAACUGUGAAGCGCCCCGGGCCAAAAGUAAACAAAAAGACCACGCAUCCCUUGACUCCUUUCCCUUCUGUGCCUUCUUGUGGCUUGCACCUUGCACCUCCGGUCAUAGAUGAAGCUCACUCGACCCGUCACUGCCUUAGAAGUCCACCUCCACAAGCUUUUCUGGGGUGGGGGGUGGGGAAGACCAAAUACUUUGAGCAAUCGCGCUUCCAGCUUUGUGUAUGGCGCUUGACCUUGUCAUUUCUCAGCUUCUCCCCCCCUCUCCCUGUUCGGUUUCAUUCCCUUAAAGCUCCCGUGACUUGCUGUGGGUGCAUCGACCUUUUGCUGUGAAUGCAUCCUCUGCUUCUUCGGGUUACAUUCCUGCUCAGACUGUAGAUACAGGGCAUUUCUAGCGGCUGGGGUGCGUGUGGUAAACAGCCGUGUGGGAGCAUUCGUGUCCUGAGACCACUGUCCUUCCAUAUGUUCUGCGGUUCAGGAAUGUGACCCGCCAGCAAUUUACCGCGGCUCACUUGGAGUUCGCUAAGCUGCUUGUUUUGGCUUUCCGGGACUGUAAUAAGAGAGAGAUGGUGGAGGAUUAUCGAGGGCCUGCAGGCCAUGGAGCCAGGCAGUAGGUUCCCCCUGAUGGGAGCUAGGUGUUAUUUCUUCCAGUUCCUCCUUCCAACCGCAAACCCUUGAUUUGUCCAUGAUUCCGUUCCGGAGGAUUCCCUGUCCUUCAGGGGCAUCAUUUAGAGGAGAUGAGUGGGCUGCUGGAGUUAGGGCAGGGGGGCGGCAGGAAAGUUCUGUUCUGCUGAUGGAAGCGCCUUCGUUGGCCGAAAAUUUAGUCCAGCUCCAGCCCGCUCAGUGUGUUUGGCCAGAAUCUGAGGUCUGCAGCAGAUUCAUUGGUUAAGAAAAAAACGUGCGGCUUUUCGUAGGGGGUCUUCGCAACUGGGGACCGAUCUUGGAGAUCCACCACUCAUUCUCUGCCUAGAUGAGCCGCCAGGUAGGCUAACUUUUGGGGGCAGGUUUUCCUCGUGGGGGCGUGUGCCUCUGGUUCUCUACAGUACUUGAAACGUCCCGCCGCAAACCUGUUUCAACCCCUUCCGCAGUCAACUCUCCCGACUGUUAGAUUCUCUCGUCUGUUAGCUUUUAAGGGAUGCCAAGAAGAUAAAUUGUUUUUUCUCGUUUUGGGUCCAGAGCCCUUCAGGGUCUGUUUCUGAUCUGAAUCCGUUUUGGUUGUUUUGUACCAAUCCUCCCUUCCCCCCCAAUUGCAUAGGCCUCUCCUCCAAGCUUAGCUCUGAAGCUUCUCCAUAUUUGUGGUUUGAUAGCUUUAUAAGGUCAGGAGGCGGCCUUAUUGAGUUCCCCAUCCCCCUGCAGCCAAACCGUAGCCUUUUCCUCCAGAUGUAAGCACAAAUCUUAACAAUCCCUCUGUGUUGAUGCCUGUUUAAUUAGGAGCGGUCUGUGUUUGUAACGGGGCAGUCUUCUUUGCUCCUCUUCGACAGUCUCUCUCGGAUCCUGCUUCUGUUUACCUAGUACAGGCGUCUGCAACCUGCGGCUCUCCAGAUGUUCAUGAACUACAAUUCCCAUCAGUCCCUGUCAGCAUGGCCAAUUGGUCAUGCUGGCAGGGGCUGAUGGGAAUUGUAGUUCAUGAACAUCUGGAGAGCCGCAGGUUGCAGACCCCUGUCCUAGUAUGUCCAGGAUCACAUUAUAAUUUUCCCACGGCUUGCUCACGUUAACAAUUAUUGGGGUGGGAAUUGUAAAGAACUCAGUGGUUUCUUUCCUUAAAAAAAAAAUCCCUGCAGGCCGCUCACUGUGGAGGGGAGAGGCGGUGGAUUUCCCCCAUUCCAGGCUGUUUUUGGGGACAGCGUUCCACUUGAUUUUACUGUGUGCCGAAAUCCAAGAGUUGGGUGCCUCUGCCAUGGCCACUUCUUUUCAAAAUGGCGCAAACAGCAGGACCAGGGGCUCGGCCCCCUCUUUGCAUCCACGUAAUGCACAAAACUAGCCCGCAAAGGCUAUUGGGUGCUAAAGUCCUCGUUCUCUCCCUAAGCCCCUUUUUUUCCGGUGUAUGUUCAUGUUCUGUCAUUAGAAGAUUGCCCGUCUGUUUGGAAAGAGGUUCGGAGCACCGGUCGAGGGGUGCCUUUGACACAGAUAGGGUCUUGAAUGAAGGGGGAGGGCAGCCUUCAGCUCAAAUCAGGGACUAGCUAUUUUAUUUUUCCCCAAAAGGAGUUUUAAAAAUAAUCGUCGAAUUGGGGGAAAACGGUAUCUCUGUAAAGUGUCUCUCAACUCAGCUCGUGUCGCUGAGAGCCCUUCUUUUCCGUGCUCUCUGUCUGGCUCUGUUCACUGUAUGUAAAACUUUGGCUGAGGACCAAUGCUGUGGCCUGUCGCUGCCAAACUGUAUUUAUAAAGUGCACAAGGAAAAAGAAAAAGGCAUUCCACUUUGCAACAUCAAGAAAUAAAGACCAAAAUACUAAAA